AUGGAAUCAAAAAACCAAACAGAUACAGUAGAGUUCAUCCUCCUGGGGCUCUCAGAGGAUCCAGAACUGCAGAACACCAUCUUUGGAUUAUUUCUGUCCAUGUACCUCGUUACAGUGCUUGGAAACCUGCUCAUCAUCCUGGCCAUCAUGUCUGACUCCCACCUGCACACCCCCAUGUACUUCUUCCUCUGCAACCUGUCCUUCACUGACAUCAGUUUCAUCUCCACCACAAUCCCCAGGAUGCUGGUGAACAUCCAGAGACAGAGCAAGACCAUCAGUUACACAGGCUGCCUCACCCAAGUCUGCUUUGCCCUGGUUUUUGUUGGUUUGGAAAACUUUCUACUUGCCGCAAUGGCUUAUGACCAUUAUGUGGCCAUCUGCCAUCCACUCAGGUACACAGUCAUCAUGAACCCACGCCUGUGUGUCCUGCUGAUUCUCUUCUCCUUUUCCAUUAGUAUUAUGGAUGCUCUGCUGCACAGUCUGAUGGUGCUGAGGCUGUCCUUCCGCACAGACCUGGAGAUCCCCCACUUCUUCUGUGAACUUGCUCAGAUCAUCAACCUUGCAUGUUCUGAUACCCUUAUCAAUAACAUCUGGGUAUAUUUAGUGACUAGCAUAGUUGGGGGUAUUACUAUCCUUGGGAUUAUUUACUCUUACAUUAAAAUUUUCUCCUCUGUUCUGAGAAUGUCAUCUUCUGGGGGAAAGUACAAAGCCUUUUCCACCUGUGGGUCUCACCUGUCUGUUGUCUCCUUGUUCUAUGGAACAGGAUUUGGGGUGUACAUUAGCUCUGCAGUGACUGACUCCCCCAGGAAGACUGCAGUAGCUUCAGUGAUGUAUACAGUGGUUCCUCCAAUGAUGAAUCCCUUUAUCUACAGCCUGAGGAACAGGGACAUGAAAGCAGCCCUGAAGAAACUCAUCACACCUCUUUUGUGA